GCCAUGGCCCUGUUUCUGCAGCUGCUGCCGCUGCUGCUGUCGAGGGCCCAGGGCGAGCCCGCGGCCUCACUGGACGGCAGUCCCGGGGACCGGGUGAAUCUCUCCUGCAUAGGGGUCUCGCAUCCGAUCCGUUGGGCCUGGGCGCCUAGCUUCCCCACCUGCAAGGGCCUGUCCAAAGGACGCCGCCCGAUCCUGUGGGCCUCGGCGAGCGGGAUCCCCACGGUGUCUCCCCUCCAGCCCUUUGCUGGCCGCCUACGAGCCCUGGACCCUGGUAUUCGGAGGCUAGAGCUGCUCCUGAGCGCAGGGGACUCGGGCACUUUUGUCUGCAGAGGCCGCCACGAGGACGAGAGCCGUUUGGUGCUUCACGUGCUGGGGGAUGGCCCCGAAUGCAGGGCUCCCGGCCAUUCCCGGGGGUCCGUGUAUCCCCUGAUCCUGAUCCUGCUGCUGGGCGCUGGGCUGGUGCUGGGACUCGGAGUCUUGGGCGUGGUCUGGUGGCUCCGCAGGCGCUCGCCCCCGCACCCGCUUCCACCACGCCCCAGCUUUGCUCCACUUGCGAAAGCCGAGUCCCAGAGGCCGGUAAAGGAGAACCCUAAGCUGCCCGAGGACCUGGACCAGGAGCCGAGCCUGCUCUACGCAGACCUGGACCACAUGGCCCUCAGAAGGCCCUGCAGGUUGUCCCCAGUGGUCCCUACUGAUGCCUCCACCAUCUAUGCAGUUGUGGUUUGAAGAGAAGCCCAUUCUCCAAACUUUGAAAACUGGGGGCUCCAGUUCUGCAUAAGCCCCCUCUACUUCUUGGCCCCUCACCCAGAAAAAGAAGGGACCAUGGGAUAGAAACGAGCACUAGACUAGGAGUCAGGAACUCCCAAACUCUCUCUGCUACUGAUCUUGCUCCUCCAGUUACCCCAUCUCUCCUUUCAUUUCAUGUCAUCUUCCCCAUUGGUGUCCCCUCUAAACCUGACCCAGUCCUGUCUCCCCAUCUUAACACACCAUCUCCCAGAGGGUUGCCUUAUCUCUUCCCUUCCCCCCACAGUCAAGCUUUUUGAAUCAGGGGUCACACCUGUCUCUUUCAUUUCCACGUCACUCCCAUUACUCACUGAAACUGCUCAUCCGAUCUCAGUGAGGUCACCAGGGAUAUCCUAAUGACCACACCCCGUAACAUCUUUUUAGCAUUUAUCUGAGCUUGUCCUUUGAUUACUCUGUACUUCAAGUUCUG